GUCGUUCGGUCGUUCGACGGUCGGGCCAACGACGGUCGACGACGCACGAGCUCGACGCGGCCUGCGUUUGUACGCUCACCGCGACGCGACGCUUCACGCUCCACACUCUCCACAGUCCACACCGAAGCGCGCUCUUGCAAAUUCCGCAUUCGGCUUUGGACCGUCUGAGGAGCGCGCGCUUGACUCGUUAGUUUAAACAUACACAACCUACACCAACACUGACGUCAUUGAACCGCUCUAGAAAAUAAGAAUAAUCGUCAACACCAAUUAUGAUAGGAGAAGAAGAACGCGUGCAUCAGUGUAAAGAAUGCGGGCUGACGCUGUCGACACGCAGUGCUCUUACGGCUCACACCAGAUCCCAUCGGGCCGCGGCCGACGCCCACAGGUGUGACGUGUGCCACAAGACCUUCGCUGUUCCCGCUCGUCUGGUGCGCCACUACAGGACCCACACUGGUGAACGGCCUUUCGAAUGUGAAUAUUGCCACAAAAUGUUCAGUGUCAAAGAAAACCUCCAAGUGCAUCGACGAAUACAUACUAAGGAGAGACCUUAUCGGUGUGGGGUAUGCGGAGCGGCAUUCGAGCACUCCGGAAAACUUCAUCGCCAUGCUAGGAUUCAUACCGGCGAAAGGCCCCACGCUUGUCCUCACUGCCACAAAACAUUCAUUCAGUCUGGGCAGCUAGUAAUUCAUUUACGAACCCACACAGGUGAAAAGCCUUAUCGGUGUCCCGCUCCGGGCUGUGGCAAGGGAUUCACGUGCUCCAAGCAACUCAAAGUGCACUCGCGCACGCAUACAGGUGAAAGGCCUUACACUUGCGAUAUUUGUUCCCGUGACUUUGGGUACAAUCACGUGCUGAAACUGCAUCGUUUCCAACACUACGGUGAAAGAUGCUAUCGGUGUACUGUAUGCGAUGGCACAUUCAACACCAAGAAACAAAUGGAGGCUCACAUAUACAAAGAACACGGAACUAAGGCACCCAAAUCUGCACCAACCCAAUAUAAUAAUUUAGCUAUGAACAGCAAUGUAAUGUGUGAUAUCGUGGAGGCGGCGCUGCAGCAGCUUCCCCCGACCCCUCCUGGGUCUCCGCCGUCCCCCUGUCCGCCAGCGCUUGUACCGGCUCCUGCUCCACCCGCACCUGUUAUGAGUUUUCCGACUCCAUCGCCAUCUCCUCCUACGAUCACCCAGCAAUAUAGGUUUGAGCCAUCUUCUCUCCCACCGAGGAAACGCAAACUUAUUCCUCAUUUUGAGCCUGAAAGUGCACCUAUUACAGCCCCCGUUGUUCGACACACGUCUGUGAUACAAUUUGCUCCUGCAGCUCCCGAUUUAUCUUAGCAUUUUUGAAGGUCUCUAUUUUAAUAUUAUAAUUAUUA